UAAUCAUAUCCUUCUGUUAAUCCGAAGAGUGAACAACAGUUGUCGCAGUACUCGUUGUAACAUAAACAGUUUGAUUUGUGAAAAUUGGCCCUCGUGCAUAGAAUAUCGCAGACGUUAGUGGUUAGUUUUUUAAAAUGGACAUAUCAGCUUACCAGCAUAUGAAUAUUCGAAUGAGUACUCGUGGCAAACGACCACUUCGCAAUCUAACGCCUAAUGACAAAGUGCGGGCAAUUCAAAGAAUUCAUAAUGGAGAAACAAAAGCUAGUGUUUCGAGGGACAUUGGAGUUCCUGAAUCUACGCUUCGUGGUUGGUGUAAAAAUGAGCAAAAGUUAAGGUUUAUGUGUCGUCAAUUGGGAUCAGAUAACUUGGGUCUUGCAAAUCUCGACACACCACCAGAAAAACGCGCCAAAUUUGAGCUUCAACUGCUGCCCACGAAAUUCGCACCAUUGCCCAAUUAUGACGAGCUUAGUCUUAGCAAUUUGCCAUAUCAGGCGAUGGAUUACACAUCUUACAAUGAGACAUUAUUAGAAAAGUCGGCUUUAGUCGAGUUCAUAAAAAGAAAUGGAGUUCACACCGAAGCAAUGCAACAAAUAUCGGAUGGUCACUCUGCCAGUACAGAUUCUAUCUCAUCUGUGUGGGGAUACUCAACAAACAAUAUGGUGCAACAGCUUAACUUGCUGGCACUUUUGAACUCAAAGCUGCCUCAUAAAUUAAAUUAUAUUGCUGAUAGCGGCAUACCUAACCCUAAGCCUGAAUGUACUACUGCAUUAGAAGAAUCAAAAAAAUAUAAUUGUCCCUUGCUAAGUGUCAAAAACUGGGCAAAGGAUCCUGCGAAAUAUGGGGCACCUACUCAAACACAAUGCAUUAAUGAUAAUAACAAUAAUGAUAUUGAUUGUCCUCUGACAUCAACACCUACUCCAGUUGUCACCAGCCAUUCUUCACCGACGACUGGCGAGCCUCCUUCCAUGGUACAAACAUCAUUUGGAAAUCACUCAAGCCAAGCAGCUGCAAAUUUUACACCAGCGACAGAUACCGAUUGUCAGGGUGGCACCCUGCUGGAUUGGUGUAAAAUGUUUAGCGCAAGCCUGAAUUUUUUUGCAUUUGCUGCAGCUGCGGCUACCAUGCACCCCGCAGUUGAAGCCCUGCCUACAACAAUGGAGUUGACGACUGAAACAAACGAUGCUGUUGGUUUAAAUGAUGUACUUCUAAAAAGGUUAAGUUCUUCGGUUCAUUGUGAGUCUUCCAAGGAAAGUUAUUACGACAGCGAACCAGAAGAUUUGUCCGUUCGUUCCUGUGCUUCAAAAGUAUCUAGUCCGGGAAACAGCCGAUCGCACAGUCCCGAUAAAAGAAGUACGUCAAGCUCAUCAAUACACAGCGAUAUUGAUCAAUAGUCACUUUGGAAAUAUCAUUGUGGAUAAUUCUAAAGUACUUGUAAUUCUUCUAUCGUCUUUUAGAUAAAUCGAAUCGUAUAACUUAUUAAACCCGGGGCAAGACAGUUACAAUUUAAAUCAUUGAAUGUAUCCAAGCAAUAAUCAGUAUGAAAUAAUAACAACUACUUAUUAAUUUUAACAUCGUAACACAACUAUCGUUGACUGUGUAUAAAACCAAACGCAAUUUACAUAAUUAAAAAGUUCUAG